GCCUUCCGGCAGAAAUACCCGGCGCAAACAGGAAGUGUGGCAUUCUGCUCUCGGAACUGUGGGCCGGCGCCAUGGAGGCCUACGAGCAGGUCCAGAAAGGGCCACUGAAGCUGAAAGGCGUCGCAGACGUCGGCGUGACCAAGCGGAAGAAGAAGAAAAAGGACAAGGACAAGGCGAAGCUCCUGGAGGCGAUGGGGACGAGCAAGAAGAAGGAGGAGGAGAAGCGGCGCUGCCUGGACAAGCGGACGCCGGCGCAGGCGGCCUUCGAGAAGAUGCAGGAGAAACGGCAAAUGGAGCGGAUCCUGAAGAAAGCAUCCAAAACCCACAAGCAGCGCGUGGAGGACUUCAACAGACACCUGGACGCCCUCACCGAGCACUACGACAUCCCCAAGGUCAGCUGGACCAAGUAGGCCUGGCAGGGUUUCUGGAAACUCCGCCACGCCGCCCUGCGUCUGCUGCCACUGGGCCAGCGCUUCCAGAAACUGUCCCGUCAGUCCUGGAACCUGAUUAAAAUCACACUGUGACGUCCCUGUACUCCAUGUUGAUUUUCUCAGUAGCGCAGAGGGAGAACCCCAGUUACGUUGGACGGCAAGGUUGGGGGUUCUCCAGAGGUUGGGGUCAUUUUGGGGUGAUUGCUAUGGAAAAAGUGCCAUCCUUGAUAACAUCUCACGUCGAGGCCACCGGCUGUCGUUGCCUGGGUAACAGACUCCUGGGGCAAGGAGCCAGUGCCACCAGCCCCAUGGGACCCACGCUGUGUUCUGGCUGUGGCCUCUGCCAGCUGGCCAGCGUGACCACAAGACCAGGGCACACGUUGGCCUCGUCUCCCACACUUGGGCCAGCACAGAGUCCCCAGCACUUGUGCCUGCUGUGCGGCGCUGCCCGCCCGGGCUGGCUCUUGGUGACGGGAGCGGACACAGUGCAAGACCUUGGGCUCCAGGGGACGCGUCCGGAGUCAGCGCCUCUGCAGGCUGCACCACCUGUGCUGUGCUUGGCACAGAAGGCGAGAAGAGGACAAAGGAAGCGAAUGCUGGGGCUGGGCUGCCACACAUAAGGUACAGGAUGAGCCAGAGCCCCGUGGGAACGCGAGUCUCGGUGUGGACAUGAUGGUUCCAGCCCCAGGCCCAUCCCGGAAGCGCUGCCUUUGGGACUCACACACAAGCAGCAUGUGUGGUGCAAAAUUAUUACUCAGGAAAAAUUAGAUGGCACAGUGGUUAUGCCAUGGUCUGCACCGAAGAGCAGCCAAGUCCAAGUUGAACAGCUGUUGUCUGGAAUCCAUGGGACGGAACCGGAAGUGGCCUGGAUUUCAGGUCUUUGGGGUUGGGGAUAUUUGCAUAGUGAGGCAUCUGGUGGCAGGAACCCAGGUUCGGACAGGUCAUCCCAUGUCGCAUGUCCUGACCACACAGCGCAGAGUCGUUCCAUGGGGCGGUAUUAGUGCAUUCUGCCAUGCAUAAUAAAUACACCUAGCGUGGUGAAUUGGAACAUA